UUCAUGUCAUGGCCUCUUGGUUUAUACAGAAUUUUUUUUAAUGAAAGGCUGAAGCAAUGGCUAAGGAAAAACAAAAGGGAAUAGUUGUGCAUAAGGAAAAGAAAAAGCUAACCACCGCAGGGAAGGGAAAAGAAAAUUCAUGUCUAGUGGUUCAAGUUCUUCGAAAAAGAAAUACUGGUGUUGUGAUCCGCGAUGAGCAAGACAUUAUGCGCUCGCGUGAGGAUAAACGAAAGGCUAAAGCAAUGGCUACUCAAAAACAAAAAGGAACAGUCGCAGCUAAGGGAAAGAAAAAGAUAACCACUGCAGGGGAGGGAAAAGAAAAUUCAUGUCCAACGGUACCCAACAAUAAUGUGCCAUCGAAAGCUGCACUGGCCCAACAUGCACAACAAGAUCGGGAAAGAAAUGAAAGACUAUGUUCUGCAUUGCCACAUGAAAGAGGACAACAAUUAUAACGAGAAAGAGAGCGGUUUAUUCAAUUGUUAGAACCUAUAUAUUUUCCUCCUCUAACACCAUGUCGCCGCCCCUAUUCUUGCUUGGAACAAUGAACAAAUCAAACCAAUGUCAAUCUGUCAGCAUCAAAACGACAAUUGGUUACACACCCUUCUAUUUGUCCAACCUCUGUACCAAGCACAUCUU